AUGUUGUGUUCUCCUUAUUCUUCUUUUGCCGAAGUCAUUCGUGACGUUAUCAUCAACGCGAGCAUCGGCAUCAGCCCAGGCGAAGAGGCUAUCCUCCUGUAUUUCCUUUGGCCUCUGUUUGACAUGUUCUCCGGCUUCGCAAUGGCCGAUGGCGGCGACAAAGACAAGGUCUCAAGCACUGUUUAUAGAGGCAAGGCUAUUCUCUCUUCAUAUUUCGUGUUCGCCGACAUCGCUGUUCUCAUCAUCCUCCAUCGACGACCAGGACUCGGAGCAGUCACACUUUCACUCAUCUUCGUCCCCGUCUUCGUUCGUCAGCUGCGACAGUCUCCUCUUGCUGAGACCGCCGCCCACAGAACGCGCAUCGCUGUGUUGGAACUGCAAAGACGUUGGCUUCUCGUUGCCCUCCGAAUGAACGAACGUAGGACAAAACGCCAUAAACUCGACCAGAAGCACAGCCGACCAGAAGCGCAGCGACCGCCGUUGAUGAUGUGUCGCAUUCGACUCGGACGCGGACACGACGGCAGCCGGGGGCUUCUUACUUCUGCUGUAGUCGCAGAAACCGGCCCCCCGUGGCCUUCGGAAACACUAUUGUCACCUGGGGGCCCCCCAUAG